AUCCUCCUCCGAUACAACACUGGAGCUUCAGCCCACCACCAGCGAGAUCAUUCAAAUUUGUCCUCGGUGAGCGGGGGUGAUCAUGACGCUUGCCGUGCUGCAAACACCAGGCAAGCCAGGGCCUCGUUGUACAUUGCACAUAUGCAUACGUACACUGCCCUGAGAUGACGCCCACUAGCAGGAUACAAAUGGUGAACAAGAUGCACACACCCCAAAGUGACAACCAAUAAUGCGCUUAUUACUUCUAUGGGUCUUCCUAUACCUGGUCAGAGCGAUCCAAGCUGCACUGGAACCUACGACAAAUACAACAAAUACUACUACUAGUAACAGGUUUAGAGCCCCAUCAUUCACGACCAGAACCCUAUGGACCAUCAUCUCCAGCUCUGUUUUCACUCUUUUUGCAUGCACAUACAGUGCUAUCCACCCCAAUAUUCUGAGUUCCAAGGACGGCCCCCUUUGUAUCCAACUGCGGCGACUUGGCAUCAUGAUAACGGCGCUAAUCACUCCCGAACUAAUUGUCACACGGGCUAUGCGCCAGUGGUUCAGCGCUUGCCUUGUUACGAGACAGUUCCAGGAAUCGGGACAUUUCAAGAUUUCUCAGCUGCAGGAGCAGUCUGAAAAUCACGAGCCCACUGAAGCACCGGAGCAACGUGGAAAUUGCUUCUGUCACCUCCUUGUAGUGCUUACUAAAGGUGUACAGUCCGUGCUGGUGUUCCUUUGGCGUUUCCCUGGUGGUCUUGCGAGGUCAGUCAAAAGGUUUGUUAGGGAUAAUGUAUCAGAGCAACCUGAAGAUUAUACAUGGACUCAGACGCAUAGCAUCUUUGUGUUGAUGGGUGGUUUCAUGCUUUAUGUGGACGGGAAACCUUGCUUUACACUACGACCUGAUGACAUUCUCAACCUAAUACGUGACGGGUGUGUCGACGUCCCUACCCUAACGGCAAACCAGAUCCAGGACAGGAGUAAAGGCAAUGCAAUAUCGAAAGGAUCGACCAUCCUUCAAGUGGCCUGGUUUGUUGUGCAGCUCACCACCCGCGCCAUAUAUCACCUUGAAAGUACCCAGCUCGAAGUAGGGACACUCGCUUUCGCGGUCCUCAAUUUCGUCAUAUAUACUGUGUGGUGGAACAAGCCUCUCAAUGUGCAAUGUCCCCAUCCAGUACACUGGAAGUCGACCAAGUCACGGCCAAAAGAACACAUUGAAUAUGUAUGCUCCUCAACAAUUAUACCGUUGCUAAUUAUGUCCACCUUAGUGUCCAUAAACAAGACCAUUUCAGUUGGCUUGGGAUUUUGGCUCCAGUUUUCCGUCCAAUUCUAGAGAUGACGGGCUUUCCUGGCUUUGCCGCACCGUCUCGAACGCUCCGAGUUCCAACAUUUGACGACGGCAACAUCGAACUCAAAAAUUCGGACAUUAUA